GGCUGAAGCUCAUGCGCUUUUACACUGCGGAUUCGGUUCAGACAGAGCGGAACACUACUGACAGCAUCGGCUUCUCUUUUCCUGCGUGCGCACCGAUAGUGAGUGUCAGCUGAGAAGCCACCUCAUUACAAUAACAUCUUUGAUUUCAUUUCCUCGGAGGAGGCGCGUUUCAUCGCCGCAGACGCACGGCGCAUGUUCCUCUAAACCCGAGUCCACCUGUGUGUGAGUAAGUGGGAGAGAUUUGUUCAUUUCCAGGAACGGGGCUGUGCAACUCCUCUUCCUCACCGGACAGAGAGGAGAAUCCGUCAACGUCAUUUAAACGGGAAUAACGGCUUUGAUUUUCCACGGAGUGACUAUGUGCGUCCUGAGCGGGUUGUAAGAAAGGAAAGUCGCCCGUUUGCUCCUGAUCCAAAGGGAAAGAUCAGGUCGUUCCAGCAGGGAAUACACGGGUUCGGAAGAAAUCCCCGUCCAAAUUUGAGUACUUGAGAGAGACAAGAAGGAGCGCACACAAUGCCACUUGCUCAAUUGGCAGAACCAUGGCCCAAAAUGGAGCUGGUGCAGCUGGAGUCGGAGAAUGGGCAGAGCACCACUGAGGAUGGGGUCACUUCAGCUGUUAAGCAGUACAAGUCACAGAUCACCUGGGCAGAGAAAGAGUUUGCUGAUAUCAAUGUGAAGGACGAUGGUGACAUCAAAGAGAUCAACAUCACACAUGUUGUUAAGGAGGGGGCGGAGAAAGCGGACCCCUCACAGUUCGAGCUGCUCAAAGUGCUGGGGCAGGGCUCAUUUGGAAAGGUGUUUUUAGUACGAAAGUUAACCCCUCCUGACAAUAACCAGCUCUAUGCCAUGAAGGUCCUGAGAAAGGCUACACUCAAAGUGAGGGAUCGUGUGAGGACUAAAAUGGAGAGAGACAUCCUGGCAGACGUCAACCAUCCGUUUGUGGUUAAACUCCAUUAUGCUUUUCAGACGGAGGGUAAACUCUAUCUGAUUCUGGACUUCCUCAGAGGAGGGGAUCUGUUCACCAGGCUGUCAAAAGAGGUGAUGUUUACAGAAGAAGAUGUGAAGUUUUAUCUGGCUGAACUGGCACUGGGUCUAGAUCAUCUGCACGGCAUCGGCAUCAUCUACAGAGAUCUCAAACCUGAGAACAUCCUCCUGGAUGAAGAGGGACAUAUCAAACUCACAGAUUUUGGACUGUUAGAGUACAUGGCUCCGGAGGUGGUUAACCGGCAGGGUCACACCCACAGCGCUGACUGGUGGUCAUUUGGAGUACUGAUGUUUGAGAUGCUUACGGGUUCUCUGCCAUUCCAGGGAAAAGACAGAAAAGAAACAAUGAGUCUCAUCCUGAAAGCGAGAUUGGGGAUGCCUCAGUUCCUAAGCACUGAGGCCCAGAGCUUACUGAGAGCUCUAUUCAAGAGGAACCCCACCAACAGACUGGGAUCUGAACCAGAUGGAGCUGAGGAAAUCAAACGCCAUUCAUUCUUUAUCACAAUUGAUUGGAAUAAACUCUUUAGACGAGAAAUAAAUCCUCCAUUCAAGCCAGCAGUGGCCAGACCUGAUGACACCUUUUACUUUGACUCAGAGUUCACUUCUCGUACCCCCAAAGAUUCCCCAGGAGUUCCUCCCAGUGCAGGGGCUCAUCAACUCUUCCGGGGCUUCAGCUUUGUUGCCACAGCGAUGCUAGAGGAGGAGGGCAAAGAAGAGCCAUCUCAGCCCCCUCCACACCCUGUAGUACAGCAGCUUCACGGUAAGAACAUCUUGUUCAGUGACGGUUACACAUUGAAGGAGGACAUCGGCAUGGGCUCUUUCUCUGUCUGCAAACGCUGCAUACACAAAGCAACCAAUACGGAGUAUGCAGUAAAGAUGAUUGAUAAGGCAAACACUGACCCAUCGGAAGAAAUUGAAAUCCUGCUGAGAUACGGCCAGCACCCCAACAUCAUCACUCUCAAAGAUGUGUAUGAUAAUGGGAAGCAGAUGUACCUGGUCACUGAGCUGAUGCGAGGAGGUGAACUGCUGGACAGAAUCCUCAAGCAGAAGUUUUUCUCAGAGAGAGAGGCUAGUGCUGUGCUGCACACUAUCACAAAGACUGUGGAAUACCUGCACUCUCAAGGGGUUGUGCAUAGGGACCUGAAGCCCAGUAAUAUUCUGUAUGUCGAUGAGUCUGGUAAUCCAGAAUCUCUGCGCAUCUGUGAUUUUGGUUUUGCCAAGCAGCUCCGGGCAGACAAUGGCCUUCUCAUGACACCCUGCUAUACUGCCAACUUUGUAGCACCUGAGGUACUGAAAAGACAGGGCUAUGACGAGGGCUGUGACAUUUGGAGUCUUGGCGUAUUACUAUACACUAUGCUUGCUGGUUUUACACCAUUUGCCAAUGGACCAGAAGACACUCCAGAAGAGAUUCUGAGUCGGAUAGGGAGCGGACACUUUAUUCUGACGGGAGGUAACUGGGACGCGGUGUCUGAUGCUGCCAAAGAUUUGGUCUCUAAGAUGCUCCAUGUGGACCCUCACCAGCGGCUCACAGCCAACCAGGUCCUGAAGCAUCCAUGGAUCAUUCAGAGAGACAAACUUCCCAACAGCCAGCUACAACAUCAAGAUGCCAAGCUUGUCAAGGGAGCGAUGGCUGCCACAUACUCAGCACUGAAGAGUUCCCAACCACCCCCUGAGCUGAAGCCCAUCGUGUCCUCAUACUUGGCGCAGAGGCGGGUGAAAAAGCUUCCUUCCACAUCUCUGUAGAGAAGGAGGGAAGGAGAAUUGGAGUAGUACUCCUGACUGAAUGCAGUUGUGUAAAAGACUGAUGGAUGAAAGAACCACACUGAAGCUCUACAGACUAAAGACAGUCUCUUGAACCUGCCCAUGACAUCAGCACUGCAGUGGAGCUGGCAAGCACACAAGGCAAGGGAGGUGAUUGGCUGAUGAAGUUUGAGGGGCGUGGCCAGUGAGGGUUCCGUUCUCCCUUAGAAGUAGGGGUGGGUGGGUGUGUGUGUGAGUCUGUGUGUGAAAGAUAUUUCAAAAAACCGGGUAAUGGAUACUGUUAUAAAAUACACGAUAUUCCCAGUGCAUAUAUGUCUUGGUACUGUAAUACCUAAAUAUCAACACUGCUGAGGUUUGGAUUGUCUUUUUUUUUAAUCUCAGUUUUUAUUUGUUUUGUUUUUUGUUUUUUACCUCUAUAGUUUGUUCAACUGGAUUUUUAUGUUGAUUUGCAUAAGAUCUGUCUGUUCUUGGAAGCCUUUCAGCUGUUCUGCUUUCCAAUUGUCCAGUAGUUGUCUCUUAGUCCGUCUCUUCCUAAAAGCUCAAAGUGGCCUUUAGAAGAAACAGAGAUACUCCGAUGUAAGAUUUCACACACAUGGAUCAGUAAAGGUUAAAUAUAUAUUCCACAAGGAUCCGGUGAGCAUGUUCACAUGACUAUCAACCUAAACAGAAUGGAAGUGCUUUCUGCAUGGAUUUGUACAAUGCUGUCUUGUUUCUUUCUUGUUUUCCCCAACUCGGCACUUUUGCUUGGUGAAUCUGUCAGCACUGGUGAGGACUGUUCAGAAAUCGUCUUUUUGUGUGUUUACUAAACAAAGUAAAGAAUGAAAAAAGUGUGUAUGUGAGAUGACAUCUGAAGCUUGUGGCAUGAAAAAAUGUUGCUCCUGUUGCUCCUGCUCUUUCUGGAUAUUGACUGCUGUCUUCUGUGUUUAGAUUUUGUUGUUGUUGUUUUGCAUAAAGAGAAGUUAUUUUAUAAAGGCAGAUUGAGCACAAAAGUGUAUAAAUAUGAAAUGAUUUAAUGAUUGUGCAUAUUCCUUGUUCUCCCUGCGUUCAGAUGCCAGUGUGGUGGAACUGUAUUGUGCUCAGGCUGUUCUUAGCAUUGCCUUGCAAAUUCACGAAGCCUUGUCUUGCUCAAGUAUUGCACCCUUUACCAGUCAAACACAUCUUCAAAGUUUUAGGAUGUGUUUGCAGCAUUGUUUUACAUUCCUCUUUCCAGAAUUCUUGAAUUGUUAAGAAUAAAAAAAAGACUUGCUCUAACAUAAAGAAUUAGAAAAGCA